AUGGCUCAGUCUUUCUUUGCCUAGAGAUUCUUUUCACUAUUUGACUUGGGUGGAAGCAGCACCAUCACCCUCCAGGAGCUGCAUGAGGCGCUGGUCUUGCUCAUCCACGGUAACCCCAUGGACAAACUCAAAUUCCUCUUCCAAGUGUAUGACAUGGAUGAAUUUGAUGCCUCUAGUUACUUCCCCCUCUGGGUGGUGGCCAAGGCCUAUGGCCAAUGUCUCAACUUUGACUGCAGCUUCAUCACAGUACUGAUGCUCAGGUGCUGCCUCACAGGCCGGGCCACAUGGCUGGCUCAGGUCCUGCUGGACCGAAAUGUCCAGUUCUACUACCUUAUGGGCUACGUGGUGGAAGGGCUCUCCCUUGUGCACACUGUGGCCCACAUUAUGAACCACAUUGAGUGGCCGGGGGCGGCACUCCAGGCCCAGUCCCAGGCCAGCCCCUUCCAAUUUUGGGAACUGCUGCGCACCGCAAGACCUGGCAUCAGCUGGGUCCAUGCCUCAGACUCCCUGAUGGUGGCUCUGCUGCUGCUGCUGCUCCUUGUGUGGGGCUGCUCCAGCCCCUACAUCCAUAGGAGUGGCCACUUGAGUUGCCUAGCCCUUGAUCCUGUGCCACUCGAGUUAUGUCUGCCACGUGAAAAUGGUUUGCUGUUUUAUCGCUGGCUUAUCCCAUUGACUCUUUUUUUUUUAAUCACUCAUCUCCUCAUCAGGAGACCCCUUCUUUUCCUCUACAGGCCUGGAGACUUACAUCUGAAUAUCCCCACCAUCGUGUGCUAUGAGUGGCAUCCCUUCACCAACAGCAGUGCUCCUGAGCAGAAAGACACCCUCUGGCUACAUAUUGGGUCCCGAGGCAGGUGGACCAAUGGACUGUAUGUGUCCUUCAAGGCAUCAGAACCUGUGGGCUGUGACCCCAAGAGGCUGUUGAGAAGACUGGACUUCAUCUGGAUCCAUCAAGACCAGCAGUCUUUCAAGUGGUUUGUGAGGCUGCUGAUGGGACUGGAGUUGGACCCAGAUGAGGAGACUGAAGAGGGCCACUUCCUGGAGCUGCACAUGUACAUGACCUCUGUGCUGGGCAAGAAUGACAUGAAGGCCAUCGGCCUACAGAUGGUUCUUAACCUCCUGGCCAAGAAGGAGAACAAGGAUUCCAUCACUGUCCUCCAGGUGUGCACUCAGCCUGGGCUGCCUGACUGGGGCAAGGUGUUCCAGAGAGUGGCUGCCGAGAAAAAGGGCAAGGUGUAGGUCUUUUGUGGCUCCCCGGCUCUGGUCAAUGUGCUCAAGGAACACUGUGAACAGUUCGGCUUCAGAUUCUUCUAAAAGAACUUCUAG